AUGGAAACUCCCUACAUCCCGCCCGAGUUGAUUAGUAUCAUCAUCCACCAUCUCAGUUCGACUGGCAUCCGCGAUUCUUGGAAGUUGCGCGGCGUCAGCAAGGUCUUCAGGGAUACUAUCACCGACGAUAUUGUCAUGCGUCAGACGAAAGACGUCCUCGCCGAGGCGACAGAGGUCUUCGACCAUCUGAUGCCCCGAUACCUAUGCUAUCGAGUCCGUAAGCCACUUGACGUCCAUGAGCCUUUCCUAGUACGACUCACGAAAUUGAACGACUACCUGUGCGAUGAACUGAAGAUAUCAGAUCCCACAAAGAAGGCCGACAAACUUUUCGCGCUCUGUCAAGGACAAGCCAAGAUAGUUGGUUGUGGAGUGAUUAGAGAUCUUCUCUGGUCCGAUUCCGAUGAUCAAGACUGGAUGGGGAGGAACUGGAACUCCGAUAAUCAGGACUGGUUAAGGAGCUACAACGCGGCUCCCAUUAGUAUCGAGGAAAAGGUAGCAGCGGCCAUGUCGGUCUGCGCGCUUCCUUUACUUCACACGCUUCUACCGCAACUUACUGCAUACAAGUUCUAUCCUCGCGGUGGCGCUUGCUUCCGUGAGGAGAGCUACCUUCUCGCUGCUGUGAGUAUGGAGAACAACGAAAUGCUCCAGCUCUUGUUGGACAAUGAUUUACCUGCCAAGUUUACAACCCCCUCAUCUGCAGGUGACUAUAUCGAGGAAGCAAUGAGACUUGCAAUCAAGCAGUCUUCUACGGCCAGGACCUUGGCUUUAUUCGACGCCUUCCUAGCGGUCAAGUCAGGCUGCCAGAAGACUGCCUACAAUAGCACCCUCAAGCACGCGAUUAUGCAAAGCAGCAGCGAAACCAACAUCGAUAUCGUGACUGGCCUCAUAGAUCGAUGCCCCGGAGGACAGAAGGUCCACACACAAGUGUUUACAAAGGCUUGCAAGUAUGGAAACGUCGACGCCGUGAAGGUUUUCCUCGAGCAUAUGGCAGUCAACAAUGCCACCUCCCAUCUGACAUUGCCGCUCAAUCGAGCCAUCCAAAGCGGACAUGCAGCAGUGAUCGACGCUGUCUUGGAAGCAGGUGCCGAUAUUAAUAAGACCGACUAUGGCUCCCGCAUUGACUCUCGAGGGAUUGCGAUUCCCGAGUUGAGUCCAAUGGAAAUUGCGAUUAAAACAGGUCAAGGGGCCGUUAGUAUGCUGCUGGAGCGUGGAGCAACUGUACCCUCUCUGACGAUAUGGUAUAGACGCGGGAGGAGCAUGUACAGUCUCCUGAGAGAGGCUAGGAUCGCGCAAACUGGGCGUAAACUACGCACGUGGGAGCAAAACAAGGUGAUCAUUCGCCGAGAAAACCAAGCAGCACGUGAGGCUCCCAGAGCCUGUCAAGCGAAUAGAGCAUGA